AUGACGGAUUCUGCUUUAAGCAAUCAGGAGACAUGGAGUCUCUUGGUGCUCUUCGCGGCGUCGGUCGCCGUGAUUGCAAACACUUUUCAAGGAGACGGCGAACCGCUUGUCUCGUCGUUGGCCUUCGGCGGCGUUGCAUUCUCGAUCACAUACAGUCUGAUCGUAUGGCUGAAAGGCACCUUCAUGAAAGCUAAUCUCAAGGGUCGCGAUAUGUCAAAGGUGAAGAAAGUAGAAAUUCCAGAAACCAUGGGAGGCGUUUGCGCCGCCGUCUAUCUCUUACUCAUGGUCUUGUUCAUGCCUAUUCUGUUCUAUUCGGAUAUCAAGUCAGCAACGGCCGAUCUAGACCCGCUCGACUUAGAGAACGGCCACAUUCAGAUUGAUACUGGCCGCGUCCUGCACCGUUUCCCUCUUGGCAAGCUUGCCACCUACUUAUCAGCAAUGCUGUCACUCGCAUUGGUGGUUAUCCUGGGCAAUUACGACGACUUCUUUGACAUCAGAUGGCGCCACAAGGUCCUCAUUCCAGGAGUCGCUUCAAUGCCCAUGCUAGCUGUCUACUUUCUCACGUAUGGCAUCACUCAUGUCGUCGUGCCUGUCCAGCUUGUGCCAUAUCUUGGCGAGAUGGUUGACCUAGGUUCGUUGUACUACGUGUACAUGGCUGCGAUUGCCAUCUUUUGCCCCAAUAGUAUCAACAUUCUGGCAGGCAUCAAUGGUAUUGAGGUCUCGCAAUCAAUCAUAAUUGCUGUCCUCCUACUGAUAAAUGAUAUGGUAUCACUCUCUAAGAUCCCUGGGACAGCACAUCCGGCGACUGAUCUUCACCUGUUUUCCAUUUACCUACUGCUUCCCUUCAUCGGGGCGUCACUUGCCUUAUUGCGGCACAACUGGUAUCCAGCUAAGGUCUUUGUUGGAGAUACUUAUUGCUACUUUGCUGGUAUGGUGUUUGCAAUUGUUGGUAUCCUUGGACACUUCAGCAAAACACUCUUGCUCUUACUCAUCCCUCAGAUCAUCAACUUUAUCUACUCCACGCCGCAGCUGUUUCGACUCAUUCCGUGCCCACGGCAUCGUUUACCACAUUUCAACGCACGAUCAGGUCUUCUCGAGCCGUCUAUGACCGAGUGGCAGCAGCCUCCUUCGAUUGGUACCACAUGGUUCCUGAACAUACUUGCUCGCUUCCCCCUUUUGCCAUUGAUCAAGCUCGUAAAAGACUCCGAAGGCCAUAUUCUGAAAUCCUCCAAUCUCACUAUCCUGAACCUUUGGUUGGUCUGGUUUGGACCAAGGAGAGAAGACAAAUUAGCGAUAGAAGUGACGGCUUUCCAAUUGGCAUUAGGACUCAUGGGACUGUUCAUCCGGCAUGAGCUCGCAUUGCUUGUGUUCAGUCAGGAUAAUAGAGCAUGA